UUAUCAGAGUAUCAGACGACAGACACAAAAAGAAUAUUACUCCGCAGCACACCCACCUACGGAUUCUCGUACUGCUAUCGCCUAUCUCUAUUCGUCGUCGCUGCCUUUCGAUAUUUCUUCGGUUUGCGUCCGUCGCCAGACCGCGACCAGUUUGCCGCCGCCGUCCGCAGCGCGCACAGUCUGAUUUUUGAUAUAUUUCAAAUUUUUUAUCGCAAACGAUUAUAAAAAAAAAAAAAAAAAAACGAGAGUGAAAGGAAAUUUUCAAACGCACUACAACCCCCUUUGGAGUUCAUAGCAGACUACUUAUCUUUUACGCUGUAUAACUAUCGCAUUUUUUCUAACACUACUGUUGACAUAGAAUAGCUCUAAGCUCGUGUUUUUGUUAUUUAACACCGUUCAUCAUAAGUGUCCUACAGACUGGUUUUCGAUUGAUAGUAUGAUAUAACAACGACGACGUCGGAAGGAGAACAGAAUACCCGCAGGGAAACCUUCGUUUGCAGCUCUCGACUAGUGUAGUUUUAAUAAGUAAUUAAAUUAUUAAAAUGCCAACGUCCGGUCCAGUAUACCAGCCAACUACAGUCAGUUAUGAACAACAAAGUGAAUGGUCUCAGCCGUCAAAUGGCUUAAUCAAUCGUACCCUGAAUCACAUCCGUAACCCAAGGUGGUUCCACUGGUCAUUUAUUCUGAUCAGCUGGAUACUGAUUGCCAUUGGUGUAUUCUUAUUCCUGUCUAUUACCACAAACUUUGUGAGCUCAAACGACAUAAAGGACAAUUAUACAGAAGACAUAGCAUUUUUGGUUAUUGGUUCUUUCUGUUUUGUAUUCGGUGUUGUUCUAUUAAUAGGUUAUUUCCGAUAUAUCAAGGACAAGGAAAGUUGUCCUUGUUUCAAUAGCAAAGCGCGACAAAUGGAAUCUCAGUCUUCCAAUGGACAAGUACUUACAUUGAAUCCAUCUACAGAUCUCCUAAUGGCGUCUGCACAGUAUGGACCUACAUCAGAAGCUCCACCUACAAUUAUCGAAGAGGAUGAAACUAGAAAAUUAAUGGGAAACGAUAACAAAGAUUGCAAUGACGAAAGGGACCACAUGUUGGUAACAAGCAACCCGCCGGUAGCGGCGCUCCGCACGCAUGUACCAGGCGGAGUCUCACCACUUUCUGGUGAAGAUGCUUGACUUGAGGCGAAUUUCACUGAUUCUUUGUCGGGCAUCAAUGACUAUUAUCACAAUAGAUACGAAAAUCCUACACCUCACAAUUACUUCUAUUCUCCACAAACACCUGUCCACAACAAAGCACAACUACACGGCAACUGGACAGCACCACUUGCAUUACACGACGACCUGACACCAUCUAUAUGUUCAUCAGUUUAUAGUAUGGAUCAGGUAAAAUAACAAACAUUUGAAAGUUCAUUAUUUUAAAUAAUUAUCUAACAAAUAAAAAUGUAUUUUUUUUUUUUUUU